AUGCCUACCGCUGUCACAGCUCCAAGACACCCUCUUCACUCUUCGAUUUUACCUCGGCUUGACAAGCAGUAUGAAGCUUUUUACAACAAACAUAUGGCAAAUGCGCCUAUGAUUCAAGAGAUUCCUUGGGAUCCUGCAGUCAGAUCAAGUCCUGCUGUACCAGGAGGUGCUCCCGCCUUGCCCGUUGCCAAAACCGAAGAUAUCGAGCUGGAUGGUUUCUCUAUUCGCGUCUUCUACCCGACCCAACUACCUGAAAAAGGUCCCACACCGGUAUUUAUUUGGUAUCACGGUGGAGGCAUGGUACUAGGGGGUAUCAAUGCCGAAAAUCCAUUUUGUACGCGAGUAGCAAAUACCGCUCGGUGUGUUGUCGUCACAGUCGACUACAGAUUGGCACCAGAAUAUCAAUUCCCUGUAGGAACCGAAGAUGCUUGGACAGGAUUUGAAUGGGUCAUUCGCAAUGGAAAUGAGAGAUUGGGCGUCGAUGUUAGCAAUAUUGGAAUCGGUGGAUCAAGCUCUGGAGCAAACUUAGCUGCCUUCGUCUCCCAGCGAGCUGGAAUUAAGGGAAUCCCUGUUCAAUUUAUGGUCCUCGGUGUACCAGUAUGUGACAACACCGCUACUGAAGAGACAUAUAAAUCGUGGGGAAUCAACAGGCAUUGUCCUGGGCUACCUUCCCCCAAGAUGUUAUGGUACCGAGAUCAGUAUCUUCCCAACGAGGCUGAUCGAUCAGACCCUAUCGCAUCGCCCUUAUUUGGCUCAGAUGAAGCUUUCAAGAGCAGCGUCAGCAACGUGUUCGUCGCACUUGCCGAAUUGGAUCUUCUACGAAGUGAGGGAGAAGCAUAUGCUGAAAAGCUUCGCUCAUUUGAUAAAAACAUCGAAUGUCGAACUUACCCUGGGGUCCCUCAUGCUGUACAAGCUAUGGACGGCGUUCUCGAUAUGGCUAGAAAAUGGAUCAAAGACAUGUGCACUUACGUCGCUGUUCAGUUUGGUAGACAUCCUGCUGAUGUCAUGAUGGAGGACUUAUACCCAGGAGGCGUGGAAGUGGACGUUCCCCAAAUCGACGGUGGUGGACCAUGGCUAAAACUCAACACACCAAUGGUGUUAGGAGAAGCACCUAUCUUCAGAGCUACUGAUUCUACGUUACACUACGUGGACUGCCUAAAAGAGCCAGCAGAAUUACAUGUUUUGAAACUUGAUCCUCAAACCGGUGAUGCAGUUGGUCAACCUACGAUCCACCAACUGGAAGAAUCCGUUACUGUCCAUUUUUUCCGAGAGAAUCAACCAGGAUAUAUCUGUGCCUAUUUCGCCGGUGUGGCUUUCAUGGAUGAGAAUGGGAAACUUGAAAUUGUAAAGGAGAUUAUCCCUCAAAAAGAUAGAGGGAUAAGGAGGUUCAACGAUGGAGGUGUAGAUUGUGAAGGUAGAUUUUGGCUUGCGGAAAUAGAUCGAAAAGGUUUAUCAUUGGGUAUGGGUAGACUUCCAUCGGAUUAUGGAGAACCAUUAGGAAGAUUAUGGAGAUAUGAUCCUGAUGGUUCACUUCAUCUCAUGGAGAAAGGCUUAGUAUGUGGUAAUGGUUUAGCUUGGAGUCCAGACAAUAAGACCAUGUAUCUCAACGACUCUGCAGCUGGUUUAGUAUUCGCUUAUGAUUUCGAUAUUCCUACUGGAAACAUAACCAACAAGCGACUUUUCAUAGACAGAAGAGAACUUGGUGGAGAACCAGAUGGUAUGGUUUGCGACGUUGAGGGCAACUUGUGGAUAGCAAUGUGGGGUUCUUCCAGAGUGAUGUGUUAUUCAGCUAGUGGUAAACACUUGAAAGAUAUCAAAUUCACUGCUAAGAAUAUGGCUUGUACUUCAUGGGCUGGACCUAACUACGAUACACUUUACAUCGCCACUGCCAGUGAUAGGAAGCCUAACAGACUACCGGAUGACGAUGGAGGUCAUUUGUUCAAGUGGCACGUCGGUACCAAAGGCCUACCAAAGUACAAGUUCAAGGGAUAA